AUGAUCACUGCGCUUGCCGCCACCUGGAGCCUGUUUAUCGGCCUGAUUCUCAUCAUGGCCGCGCAUGGUCUGCAAUCGACCUUGCUGGGCGUGCGCGCCGGGCUGGAGGGCUUCGACGAGACUGUGACCGGCGUGAUCAUGGCCGGCUACUAUGCAGGCUUUCUGAUCGGGUCCCUGGUGACUCCGCUGAUGGUCAGACGGGUCGGUCAUAUCAGGGUCUUCGCUGCCGUCGCAUCCGUGGCGUCGGUCGCCGUGCUCGCGCACUCUGUUCUGAUCGAGCCGGUCAGCUGGACUGCCAUGCGGAUCGCAACCGGCUUUUGCGUGGCCGCCCUCUACAUCGUGGCCGAGUCCUGGUUGAACGACCGUGCGACGAACGAAACCCGCGGCCAGGUGCUGGCCAUCUAUAUGAUCGUCGUGAUGCUCGGCAUGGCUGCUGGACAGUACCUGCUGGUUCUCUCCGACCCCAACGGCUUCGUUCUCUUCAUUCUGGUCUCCGUGCUGCUCUCGAUCUCCCUGGUGCCGAUGUUGCUAUCGGCCAGCCCUGCUCCCUACUUCGACGCGCCGCAACCGGUUUCCCUGCGCGUGCUCUACAUGAGCUCGCCUCUGGCCGUGGUCGGCGCAGCCUUGCUCGGUGUGGCACAGGGCGCACUGCUGGGAAUGAGCGCCGUUUACGCGACCUCCGCCGGCCUGACGGGCGCCGAGAUCUCGAUCUUCGUCUCGGCCUUCAUGAUCGGCGGAGUGUUGUUGCAGUUUCCGAUCGGGCGCCUCUCGGAUCGCUUCGACCGGCGUCUCGUCAUGACCGUCGUCACCCUGAUCGCCGCCGGCGUCGCCGGCGCGGCUUGGUCGAUUGGCGAUCUGGACCGCUGGUUGCUGUUCGGGCUGGCCGCGCUGUUCGGGGGCUUCUGCCUGUCGAUGUACGCGCUGGUGCUCAGCCACGCCAACGACCACCUGGAGCGCGAACAGAUGGUGGCCGCCUCCUCGACGCUCUAUCUGGUCUAUGCCGUCGGCGGCAUCCUGGGCCCGCCGGCGGCCGGCGCGGCGAUGGACCUGACCGGGCCCAGCGGCUUCUUCGCCACGGUGGCCGUGCUGCAUCUGAUGCUUGGCGGCUUUGCCCUCUACCGGAUGGCCCGUCGCCCGGCCGUCCCCCUGGAAGAACAGGGCGGCUGGGUCGCGGUGUCACAGGGCUCGACGCCGAUCGUCGCGGCCAUGGCGGCCGACGAGUACGCGGAAAGCCAGUCUCAGCAGGAGAGCUGA